CUCCUUCCUCCCCCGUCUCCCUCCCCACGCCCCCACCCCUCGCUCAGUCGGGGCCACGACGGUGACAGCCCGCCAAAGUUGACGGGGGAGAGCCGCCACGGGAAGCCCCGUCCGUGGGGCGGCCGCCCCCGGCAGCCCGUGGAGGGGCGCACUCAGCCGUCCGAAGGCGAGCGGCUCCGGGGAUGAGGCAGCGUCCCCCGCCGCUCCCUGCGGAGGUGGCCCUGGCCGCCCGCGCCCCUUUCCCCAGCUGGGAGGGAAGAAGGGCAGAGAAGAAGGGACAGGCUGCCGUUGCCGUGCCCUGCCCCCGGACGGCUGCCCCCCGAGCCGCACACCGCCCGUACCCCCGCUCCUGCCCGCAGCCCUGCAGCGCGGCGGAGGAGUGUGGGGGCAGCUCGCUCGGUGCGCAGCCGCCGCGGUCCUCCGGCAAAAAAAAACUUCGGGGAAAGUUGUCGCCCCUGGCCCCCGCUCCGCUCCUCCGCCGCGCUCCGCGGCCGGGGCGGGGCGAGGCGAGGCGAGGCGGGGCGGUACGCGCCGCUGGCCCGUGGCGAGCGAGGGUCUGCUCCGCCAGCGCGCGGGGCGAGGGGGUUCCGCCGGGGACGGGCGCGGCGGCUGAGCGGGGCGCAGCGGGGCUCCCCCGGCGGCGAUCACCCCCCGCAGCCCGGCGGCGGGGCUGCCGGAGCGGGCCGGGCUCCCCCCCCCGCGUUGUUGAAAUACUCCCACAGCAGCGGAUCCUUCCUUUCCAUCUGCUCGUGCGCCCUUCAGGUCAGACUGCAAUGAGUGGACUGAGGUCUCCUGGGCUGCUGGGGCUGGUGCUCUUAAUGCUCUCGGCAGGAUAUUGCAAAGAGAAAACUGACUCCGCUGAUUUGAAGGACAGGCAAAGUCUCUUAAAUCUGAUCAUGGAGAUCAUUCAGGAACUGAAGAGAUACCACCUGGAGAAGGACAGUGGGGUGCAGUACUUCUCCAAGCACGACUAUAACUUAGAUCGAAGGGAAGUGGCUGACUACGGAGGAUACCAGGAUGAGCAGAGAGUUGAAAUAGUUCCCAGAGAUCUGAGGAUGAAAGACAAGUUCUUAAAGCAUUUAACAGGUCCACUCUACUUUAGCCCAAAAUGUAGUAAACACUUUCAUCGGCUUUAUCACAAUACAAGGGACUGCACCAUCCCAGCAUACUAUAAAAGAUGUGCCAGGCUUCUUACUCGGUUGGCAGUAAGCCCAAUGUGCAUGGAAGGAUAAAGAGACCGCUCUCCACUGACGCCAAUCGUUUUCUCCAUCCCUAUUCCCGCCGGUGCCAGGCGGCGCCUCCAGGAGCCACGGCGGCGGCCAGAGCGAGCCAGGACCCCGGCUGGACGGUACCCCUUCCCUCCUUGCUGCUCUGGAAGCUGAGCACCGGGCAGC